CACAUGUUUUAAACGGCUGUGGAUUAGAAAAGGGGUUUACCAAAUAUGAAGAAAAAUCUCUGGGCCUUGGCGGCCUGGAGAGUAAAACCUCCUAAAUUCACAGCUCAACCCACAAAAAACGACACACAUUUGUUUCGAUUAGGUUCGAUUAGCCGAAGGGCAGAUGACAGCGAUUUCGAUCAAUUGCAUGCGGUUGUUGUAGGAAGCAAACGAUCUGAAAAUAGAAUUCCACAAAAAGGGCUUCCCAGCGGUUUUUGUAAGGAGAAUGGUGCUUCAAAUGCACCAACUGAUCUAGUUCUCAAAAAAAGGUAAUUUAUCGGCUUGCUUUUUUCCGUCAUUUCAUGCAUGUGGGCGCGUUUAUGUAGGUAUGAUUUCCAUUCCUAGUUGUUAUUGUUGCGACACUCCUUCUGCAUUGUUCGACCAUUUAUUUGUCAUGAGUUGGCUCCCUACAACAAAAAUGAUAAAAAAGAGAAGUGAAAGCGUGAAGAGCAGUAGAAUGACACAUUCAUUGCUUAAGGUGCUAUCAUUGCUCUUAAAUACCAUCUUUCAUUAGACUGUGGGUAUGUUUUGGACAGGGCUGCCUCUCUGGAAGUGUUAGUAUUUCAGCCUUCGCUUAUUUCUCUCAACGUGGGCUUCGUAUUGCUUUUCUUCGUAAAGUCAGUGCUAAUAUCACGAAUCAAAAAUGCUAGAUCGGUGUUGCUACGUCUUAGUUUGAGGAAAAGGGCAGUCGAACUCGAAGACAAAACUAGUUAAUGUGAAAAAAUUACGCGAACAUAAGUGAGGGGGAAAGAAGGUGAACUGAUUGUCUUUUAAUUCAAGGGGUUUCAUAAAAGUUCUGCUAACUGACCCUAUUCUUUCAAUUCAAAGCGGAAUUAUCAAGAAAACAUUAUGUUUGAAUUUAGUCGCUUAGCUCAGCGUCAUGUGACUGAUUGGCUU